AUGGAAAACCCCCAAGUCGAGCAUUGGAUGGCGGUCAAGCGCAUUUUGCGAUACUUUCAAGGGACUAAGUCGCACGGCAUCUGUUUCAAGUCUGAUGACAAGAUAGACUUCUGUGGCUACUCGGACGCAGACUGGGCCGGCGACCAUGCAGACCGCAAGUCGACUUCAGGAUAUGCGUUUAUCCUGAUAGGUGCUCCGGUGAGCUGGGGAAGCAAAAAGCAGUCAAGUGUGUCGCUGUCAACAAGUGAAGCUGAGUACAUUGCACUAAGCCUGGCGAUUCAAGAAGGCAAGUGGGUGCAUCGAUUGCUGUGCGAGAUUCUGGAUGCCGCAGAGGACAAGUCUGGACCCGAGCUCAAGAUUAUGGAAGAUAACUAA